AUGUUCAUCAUCAAGGGGCCUACGGAAGCAGCUGUGCUCGAAGCGAAGCGGGAACUGACGCUGCAGCUGGCUGAACGCGUGACGCUCACGAUGCUGGUUCCUGCAUCGCUGCGUGCGUUUGUCAUUGGUGCUGGCGGUAAGAACAUUCGUGCGAUCACGGACGAGACGGGUGUUCGCAUUCAUAUUCCACCGCGCUCCACGGACGAGAGUGCCGCCAAAGAAGCGGCCAUGUCCUCGUCCGAUGCUGACGCGGAUGCGUUGGGCGAUCCGCUCUUGGGCGAGCAGAUUGAAAUCACCAUCGACGGUGACACGUUCAAUGCACACGAUGCGCAGGCCAGGAUCCAGGACAUUGUGGCUGAGCGCACGUCGAAAAUCACGCAGCGCCUCACGCACGUCGAGCCUGCUUGGUUCCCCUUCAUCCAUGGCCCACGUGGCGUGCGUGCUGCGCAGCUUAUGAGCCAAGAGGGCCGCGGCGAGGUGUCGGUCAAGGUGCCGCCGCCGCAGCGCGAGGGCGUCAUUGUCGUAAGUGGCGAGCGGGAGCUUGUGCCGCAGGUCGUACGAGCGAUCGAGGCGCAGGUUGAGGAUAUGCGCCGCUCGUUCCGCACGCUCAGCUUCAACAUAUCCAAGCGGCAGCAUGCCUUCCUUGUGGGCGACAGUGCUGCGGACAUCCUUGCUUCGACGCAGUGCAGCGUCGAGCUGCCGCCCGUGCAUGAUUCCUCGGAGGCGGUGAUGAUCCGGGGUCCACAGACGCAGCUGCCACAUGCUCUGACGGCUGCAAUGGACCGUGUGAAUGCCGUCGCUGUCGAGACCAUGGACAUGCGCAGCAUGCAUCCUGAUGCGGACGCCGCCCACCUGAAGCGGCUUGUGCAGUGGCUCAUCACGUAUGCGCCGCGCGAAGAGAACGUGCAGGUGUUCAUGCCGCGCUCAUCUGCAAUUGACAAUGCCCAUGCAGCUGCACUCGUAGAAGUCGUGAGCGAGGAUGCUGCAGCGGCGCGUCGGAUCGCGCAGACAAUUGAGCAUCAGCUGCGCUCACUCGACACGUCGUCUGUGCGCAUGCUCGAGAUUGAUCCGCUCGCGCAUGGCUUUGUGAUUGGCAAGAAGGGGCAGCACAUCAAAGCAUAUGAGGCCCGUGGCGUCGAUGUGAUGCUGCCACCUGAAAAGUCUGGGCGCGACGAUGUCCUGCUUGUGUUCCGUCCAGGCCAGACGGUGUCGGAGUCGGAGCGUGUCGCUGAGCUGGAUCGUGUGUGUGCAGAGCUUGUUGCCACAGCUGCGCAGGCGGCGGACCUGCGCACCGAGCACUUGCGUGUACCGAGCAAGUACCACGGCGCGAUCCUGGGCCAUGAUCGCACGGUGCUCAACGCGAUCAUCGGCGACGACCGCCUCCUUGUGUCGCUGGGCGGCCGCAUGCCCGUGAAGCAGGUAGCGGAACCGUUGACCGAGGACUCGAUUGUCGUGCGUGGUGCGAGUGAGGCUGUCGCGCGUGCUGUUGCGCAGAUCCAACGCAUUGCGAAGGACGCCGAGGAGGACAGUAUUGUGAAUGGGUUUGUCGAUGAGUUGAGUGUGCCGGGCAAGUUUGUGCCACACCUGAUUGGGCGUGGCGGCGCCGGCAUCACGAAGCUGCGCGAGGACCUGGGCGUGAAGCUUGACAUUGCCGAGCCGGACGAGGGCGCGAGCUCCAGCGCGGCGCGGACGAAGCCCGUGCCGAUCAAGAUCGUCGGGCGCAAGGAAUGUGUCGCGGAGGCCAAGGCGCGCCUCAGUGCACAGGUCGAGCGCCUCGCUGACGAGGUCACACAGACGAUCCAAGUGCCCCAGGACAUGCAUGGCGCGCUUAUCGGACAAGGCGGCAAGUAUGUAACGCGUCUGCAGGACAAGUACGACGUGCGCAUCAACUUCCCGCACGGCCACGAUGCACGGCUGAAGCCGGACGAAGUGAGCAUCCGCGGCGGACGCAAGGGCGUCGCUGAGGCACGCACUGAGCUAUUGGAGCUGCUUGAGUACGAGAAAGAGCGGAACAAUACCAAGGUCCUUGUGCUGCCGACGCGCGCUAUUGCUCGGGUGCUCGGUCGCGCGGGUGCGACGAUCAACCAGAUCCGCCUCGAGUCUGGCGCGGACAUUGACGUGGACCCACAGUCGGACGCGAAGAAGCCCACGACCAUGCUCCAGCUGCGUGGCUCCAACGAGGCUGUCGCAGCGGCCGAGGCCAUGAUCCAGGCGAUUGUCGAGGAGGUCGAGAGCGAGGCGGAGCUGCACGUGACGGUGCCCUCAGCGUUCCACCGGCACAUGAUUGGCCCUGGUGGCCAGCGCCUUCACGAGCUCAUCGAGCGUGCAGGCGGCCCAUCCGAUCCCAAAUCGCAUACGCAGAUGGUGCGUUUCCCACGCACGAACAGCGACCAGGUGCUCGUGCGUGCGCCGAAGGACCUGGCGGCGAAGAUCGCAGCGGUCCUGGAGUCUGAGGCGCAGUUCCUUGCGAGCCGCGUCGUGUACGGCGCACCAGCGCCUGUACGCUUGCACAACCAGCUGAUGGCUCGUGGCGGUCGCAAGUACACGCCAUGGCAGACGGACCUGGGCGUGCAGCUGAUCAUGCCGACCUGGCGCGAGUAUGCGCAGCUUGGCGCACCUGUGAACGCGGCGGACCUGGAGAACGCAGAGCCUGCGACAGUGAUCAAAGUGCUGGGCCCCGAAGAGGCCGUGCGCAAGGUCGUGGAUGAAAUUGCUGCGAUCGUUGCAGCCAACCCAUCUUCCUCUCAUAGCCGGCGCCAGCGCACGAGGGCGCCGGCGUCCACCUCGUCCAACACCCACACCCACACCCACACCCACACCCACGCUCACACCCACAACAACACCAACACGAACACCGACUCCGCAGCUACCGCCAACACCACUGCUGCUGCUCUGAACGCACGCAUUGAUGAUGACGACUCGUAG